CAAACCGUCGACGCGGUUAUGGCAAACCAUCAAUGAUACUGCUUUGGCAGCAUGGGAACAAGCGAUUGAAAAUCGAUCAAUAUGGAUGGUACAUGAAGAGGAGAUGGUUGCCUUCGAGAUCCAGCAAGAGUUGAAACAACCUUAAUUCAAUAAUGGGGAAAAGACCAAUGUCGUACAAGAGUUCGGCAUUCUUGUUCCCAAUACAAAUUAUCCACCUGCCCUAGAACAUAACUCACUAUAUGUCAUCGCGGAUCAGGAAAUUGCCGAGAAUGAAUCGAUGUAUGAGUAUUAUACGGAAAUCCAUUUCGCAAAUGGCACGUCACGGGAGAUUCAUGCUGGCAUCACAUCAUUCUUACUGGUGUAUCCGAGUGUCAACGGAGAUUUAGAGUCUAUGAACUUGACAUUUGAAGACAUAGACUCGAUCGGCGAUGUACCGCUGCGAACUAACUUCACGGUGGAACUCACACUUCCCUCGAAGGCAUUACUUCAAGGUUCCGAAUACAAUAUUAGAGCAGUGCUACACCGUACAGGUCUUACCAAUAUAAGCGAGGACGUACAAUACAUUGGCUUGGAGUAUAAUCCUACAAGCACUCCAGGCCCGAAAUCAAUGACUCCCUACAACAUUACGGGCUACAAGUCGAGGCGGCUGCAGUAUGAUCAGCUAUGUGCUACUCUGGGCAGCGUCGAGCGUGUGAAAGGCAACAGCUUUGACCAAGGCACUCAGUUUCCAAUGUCAUUUCCAGAAGAACUGGAAGUUGCCAAUCCCGUUGUCACCUCCACAUGUUUACAACCUACUUUCCUACCGCUGUCUAUAGGCGAUUACGCAAUCCCUACUUUCACAACGUACUAUAAGCAGUUAGGAGGCCAACUCAUCAUGGCGCUUGUAGUGCGUGAAAAAAAACCGCGGCAGCCUGAAGAACAUGAUGAGGAUCUUUAUGAUUGGCUUCCCUGGCCAAAACCAAAAGAGAAUGCGGAUUCGUUUAAUUCUCGUAUGCUUCGGGCAACAAAAGAUAUAUCCGUGUUCUCAGCCCCUUCCUCACAUGAAUCUGACAUCGCAUUUGUCCACUAUCUCUCUGCAGACGCCCGGACACCUGUGUUCGUUGACGUGUCCAUGGUCGACGAUUUGCUCUCGAGACCCGCAGAGGAACGGGAGUCGCUGGCGCCCCUCGCAGAACCAAUAAUUCGUGAAGCAGAGAAAGGAACAGAGGCAGUUUUUAGGUAUUACGUUGACUAUAGGAAACCUCCGAUCUAUGUUGGGAUGACGUGGAUGAAGAAGAUGAGGAAAAUGGAGGAAAGCCUUGCAAAUAGCCGUGAUGCUUCUUCGCAGAUUCCUUUCAAAGGAAAUUGAAGAUGGCACUGCACAACAGGAAUCAGUCUGUUGGAUUUUUGCGAUAUUUGUGGUUAGCUUAUAUACAGGACGCAGUAAAUAGGAUCAAGGUCAUAACUUGUGUACUAUGUAAAGCUUAUUUUAUUUAUUACAAGCACACUUUGAAACAAUUCAAUUUUCUAUUCUU